UUCUCUCUCUCUCUCCCUCUCUCUGCUUUUCUGUCAAUGGCGACGAGCAUAGCUUCUGUUUCGAUCUCAGGUGGAGUCCAUCUCAAAUCACGUGAGCUUUGGUCUACGAAGUGCCACACGCUUGGUAAUACAUCGAGAUUGGCAAUUCAAAGGAAAUCAAACCAACCAGGAUUCAGCCGCAAGCUUUUUGUUUGUGCAGAGCACAAUGAUAGUAGAGGUGGAGGAGGUGAUUUUGUUGCAGGUUUCCUUCUGGGCGGUGCAUUGUUUGGAACGUUAACAUAUAUUUUUGCUCCCCAGAUCAGAAGAUCACUGCUAAAUGAAGAUGAAUAUGGCUUUCAGAGGGCCAAGCGACCAAUAUACUAUGAUGAAGGUUUAGAGAAGACCAGGCAGUUGAAUGCAAAAAUUAGUCAACUCAAUUCUGCCAUUGACAAUGUGUCUUCACGGUUGAUAGGUGGCAAUAAUAUGCCUCCCGUACCAAUUGAAAGUGACCCAGAAGAAGCUACCCUGUAAAACCUGCUGUUUUCUGUUGCAUAAUAAACUGAAUACUAGAGGUUUAAUUCAACUAGUUGGAUCUGUACUUGGGCAAUGCAACAUUCAUUGAAACUUGCUUGACAAAUUUAUAUGAGAUUGAUAUCAAUGUGUUUGCUUUCAAGUUUGGCUGAUUUAUUUGCGAAUGUUCAGAUUUUGUAAAUUUAGUAUUUACAUUUGCACAUAUGAAGCUGCCAAAGCGUUGUAUUUUUGGUGUAAUACAAAAUGGGAGAUUGGUUAGCCUUUUCCUUCU